GGUAGCACGAACAUUGCUUCUUCCAUAUCAUUGCCUGUUUGGAAGAUCAAAUGCCAGCCUGGCAACAUCAUACAAUCUGCCGAUGAAGUUCUGAUCAUCCUCAAAGCGAUGAAGACCGAGAUCAAUAUUCUUGCAGGAGAAGAAAAUAUUGGAAAGGUGGUGAAAAGCCUGGGUAAAGGGAUCAGGAAAGGACCAAGUGUCCAAGCGGGGGACAUUCUCGUGUGGUUUGAAUAGUGAAUUGUAGCAUGUCUAGGUAUGUAACAAAUAAAGACUCGAGAGCAUUACGAGGGGGGGAACGUAAAACCCUAUGCCAUAUUUUCCUUAUGGGCUUGGAGUUU